UAAAUAAAUAGCCGCGGCCGUCGACGUAAAAGGUACAUUUUGAUUUUGUUGUGAAUCCAGAACAACAUCAUGAAGGCAUCACUCGCAUUAGCUUCAGUGCUUUUGGCCUGCGUAGCCUUAGCGGCCGCCAGUCACCGGUUCGAAGGCAAAAACAGCCGUCACUACAACCGUGACCAAGACAACACUGGUUUGAACCGCGACUCUGGUUUGGAAUACAUCUACGACGAUGAAUUGAUCACCAACGGCAACCAAAACUGGCACGAUUGCAACAAGUUGAAAAACUUAAACAAACCCGAAUGUAGAAACUACGUCCUCAGGACUAACAACAAUCAACUCAACUUCAACAACAACAACAACAACAACAACUACAACAACGGCAACAAUGACAACGACAACAACAACGACAGACAAUACGUCCGGUCCAAGUGGAACCGUUUCGGGCGUUCCAGCGAAGAGUCCGGAUCCAACGAGAACUCCGACGAACAGCUGUACGGACGCGACAACAGAAUCACCAUCAGCGGAACCAACACCCUUUCCAGGGCCGUCACCGAAAAACUGGCCGUGUUGAACAGGAUCGUCGUGGCCGGAUCCACCAACAUGAGAGACCCGUUAGAUUUGGAAAACAUCGUGGUCAAACCGUCGCAGCAACACUUUGUCAACUUCCACGACGCUCAGAUGCGCAACUUGAACACGGGCAGCUUACAAUACUUCGCCGUCAACCCGGAAUCCGACAACGUGUACUUGGAAUACGAAUUCAACAACCUCAACGUCAACGGCCAGAUCAAGUCCAACUGGGAACACCUCAAGAACGGACAAUUCAACAUUGACAUGAAGAACGUCCGCAGCAACGUGUCGGCCAGGUUCCACUCGCACCAGGCAACUCUGGUGCCGGCCAAGUUCGAGUACGCCGACGUCACCGUCUACGACGAAAAUAACAAGGAGACCACCAAAUUGGACGAGGCUUUCGAAAACAGGUACUUCAACAUGCUGAAGCACGCCAUCUCCGAAGAAGUGCACAGCACCGUCCACAAGGGUAUGCUGUCGCAGAUCAAGAAUGAAAUCAACACCCCUCUCGCCCAACAGAUAUCCGGCAACUCUGGUAAAUUGUUCGACUUGAAAUGGAAGGAAGGCAACGUCGCCAUGGAAAUCGACAACAUCGGCAACGAAAUCGCGUCCGGCCACAGGAACGACCAGAGAAUCCGUUCAAUGUCCUACACCCGUCUGGACGCUAACAACUACAGACUGCGCUUCGACGUCAAGCUUCAGGGACUCCAGUGGACCAGCGACGUGAACGCCAUCGUAGACGGCAGACGUGCCCAGGCCCAGAACGUCAACUUCAACUUGAACAAGGUCGACAUCGAAGUCAAACUCAUCAAGGCCAUCAACAACAACGAAUGCCGUAAGGUCCAGACCGAAGUGUACUUGCAAGGUCUCCGACACGACGGUUUAAUCAAACAAUUGCCGUCAGAUGUCAGCCAGUUGGUCGACCAGAAACUGCACCACUUCAUCAAGCACUCGUUGGAAGCAUACAUGCAACAGACCGUCCAACAUAUUUUGUGCGACAACCAGAAAUGGUAACUCCACAGUGAGUGGUUUUAUGAUGUAUAAAUAACAAUAGUAAAAAUAAAAACUGUAGUGUAAUGCA